AUGGUUUGUGAAAUUCCUUUAGUCAGUUUCACAGCUCACGGUGGAAGGAUUUCUGGUGACACGACUGACAGUGACUAUGUGUCUGAGUUCCACCAGAUGACGGAGCAGAAGAGCAGCCCCGUACGCUUUCUGAAGCGAGAGCUUCAGGCAUUGUGUGGCACCCCACGGUUUCGACAGCGGCUGCUCUUGGAAAAUGGCCUCCCCCUGGAGGAGGAUAUGGCCGUCGAGACAUCUGCCGACUUGCAGCUGAUCUUGCUCGGAUUUCCAGCGGCACAGCCGAGAGAUGCGGACGAACUGGUUCAGGCGGUGUACUUGGACAAAGUCUCCAAGGUCGAAUCGAUCCUAUAUCGCCCACAAGACCCGAACCAGUUGUCCCAUGGGCGGACACCUUUGAUGGCCGCCAUUAGUACUGGCUCCAUGCAUGCUGCAGCUUUGCUGCUGGAGGCGAUGGCAGACCCGGACAUAAAAAGCUCGGCGGGCCAUUCGGCGCUGCAGCUUGCGUGUGCUGAAGGCCAGUUGGAGAUCGCGCGCCUGCUGAUCCAGGCUGGUGCCAAAGAGCACCAAAGCAGCCGAUCGUCGAUCUUAUCUGAAGCCGCCGUGCGGGGCGACCUGGAAAUGGUGCGCGCCUUGCUGGAGAAUCAAGCGUAUGUGCGUUCCGGCAGCUUCGAUGCUUUGCAGCUGGCUGUUGAGAAUGGCUUUGCUGACAUCGUCGAGCUGCUUUUAGCCUUCCAGGCUGACACAGAGUCGACAUCUCUGUCGGCCUUUCGCCGAACAUGUCUACACAGCGCUGCCACUCGGGGAUUUCUGGAUGUUGCGAGACUGCUGCUCAAGGCAAAAGCAGAUAAGGAUCGGACCGAUAUGAAUGGAAACAGCGCGCUGGCCUUGGCAGCCGGCGAAGGACAAGCUGAGGUCGUUUCUUUGCUGCUGAAGGCGGCUGCUGCAAAGGACAACACCAACGUGGAAGGGCAGACACCACUCUUCCGCGCCUGCAUGCAAGGCCAAGAUGAUGUUGCAGGCAUGCUGCUUCAUGCAGGUGCCGACCGAGACAAAUGUGAUCUUGCAGGAGACACGCCCCUGAUUAUUGCCUGUAAGUGGAACAACAUGGACAUAGUACGCCUUCUGCUGGCCGCCGGGGCAAGCGCAGACGUGCCCAACCGGGAAUGCCAGACGCCCCUUAUCGUCGCAUCGAUGCGCGAUCACCGAUGUAUUUCGCAUCUUCUGCUGCUGUCGAACGCGGACACCGACAGCGGCGAUAAUGAUGGUCUUACGCCUCUCAUCCUCGCAGCCGAAGCCGGCCACAUGCAAAUUGCGCAGAUGUUGCUGCAGUUCAAGGCAGACAUCAACAAGGCCAACCAUGCGAAGCAAAGCCCUCUAUUCGCUGCCUCAGCGGGCGGGUGCUUGGAAAUGUGCCGCUUGCUUUUGGACUCUGGAGCAGACCAAGAGAUGCCAGACCAAAGGGGCAGAACACCUUUAGCUGUGGCUUCCGAGGAAGGUCAUCGCAGAGUGGCCCGCCUCUUGCAAGACCAUGUUCGUGAGAAG